AUGAGCCUAAAUGUUACAUUUCUAACCGUGUUUCUGACUUCCUCCCUUUUCUUUUUUGUGUUGCAGCAUGAAAGAUUACGAACGCUUCAUGCUGAGCUCGAGGAGAAACUGGAAGCUUCAGAGAUCCAGAUUAAAAGCCAGUCUGCGGAGUACAGAUCCCUCCUGCAGCAGAAAGAUGUGGAGAUCGGUCACCUGAAGGCUCGGCAAAGCGGUCUCCACGAAGAGUUUCAGACUCUGCAGAAGUCGUCUCAGUCCUCCUCCGUUGGUCCCGCCAUGCUUCCUGUCUCCACCACUUCCUCCUCCACCACUUCCUCCUCCACCACUUCCUCCUCCUUCCUGUCGCGGCCCUCGGGGACACACUCGGGUUUCCACGGCGACGAGAUGGACCUCAGCGAAGUCCUGUGGUCUCAGCAGGAAAUCAACCGGCUGUCCAAUGAGGUCCUGCGUCUGGAGUCCGAGGUGACUCACUGGAGGAGCAUCUCUCAGGUAAUCAUGACAUUCUCACCCGGCCCGCACGGUGACUUUGGCGUUGGCGGAGUGGUUAGUGCGUGCGUUUUUUACAACGUCUCGCAAGUAAUGCACAGUACUGGAGUCCAACAGAGAGGCAGCAGCUGCGGGACAGUAGACUGCGUAUUGCGUAGCCGACCCUGCCCUGAAGACGAAGUGAUUCUUCCUUAG